GAUUUCAAGGUGGGGAACCUCCUGGGGAAAGGCUCCUUCGCAGGGGUCUACAGAGCAGUAUCCCUGAAAACCGGUCUCGAAGUGGCAAUCAAAAUGAUAGAUAAAAAAGCCAUGCACAAAGUUGGAAUGGUACAGAGGGUUCAAAAUGAGGUGAAAAUACACUGUCAGCUAAAGCAUCCAUCUAUACUUGAGCUUUAUAACUAUUUUGAAGACAGCAACUACGUAUACUUGAUACUUGAGAUGUGUCACAAUGGUGAAAUGAGCAGAUACAUAAAGAACAGAAAGAAAUCCUUUUCAGAAGAAGAAGCCCGGCACUUCUUGCAUCAAAUUAUCACGGGUAUGCUGUAUCUUCAUUCUCAUGGAAUAUUACACCGGGACCUCACCCUUUCUAAUAUCUUACUCACCAGUAAUAUGAAUGUCAAGAUUGCUGAUUUCGGACUAGCAACUCAGCUGAAAAUGCCUCAUGAAAAGCAUUACACCAUGUGUGGAACUCCAAAUUACAUUUCACCCGAGAUAGCCACGAGGAGUCCACAUGGACUUGAAUCUGAUGUGUGGUCUUUGGGCUGUAUGUUUUACACUCUUCUUAUUGGAAAGCCACCUUUUGACACUGACACAGUCAAGAACACGCUGAAUAAAGUAGUAUUAGCAGAUUAUGAAAUGCCAGCCUUCCUAUCAAGAGAGGCACAAGACCUUAUACAUAGGUUACUUCGCAAAAACCCAGCAGAUCGUUUGAGUCUUUCCUCCGUGUUGGAUCAUCCCUUUAUGUCUAGGUGUAGCUCUGCACGGAGUAAAGAUCUGGGAACUUCGGAAGAUUCCAUGGACAGUGGAAACGCUACCAUCUCUACAACCUUCACAGGCUCUUCCAACAUCAGUACCAGUGGUUGCUUGAAGGAAAAGAAGAAGCUGUUAGUUGGACAGCCACUCCCCAAUAAAAUUACUUUUUUUCCUAAAACCAAGAAUUCUGGUAGUAAUUCAUCCUUAGAUGGAAGUGGUUCUUUUCAUCAAUGGGGAAUUCAGGGAAAAGAAACUGGCGUAACUGGCAGGGGAAGAACGGUGCAACUUGCUGAAGAGAGACCACAUUCGCGCUACCUCCGAAGAGCCCACUCUUCAGAUAGAUCUGGCAUAUCCCACAGUCAUACUCAAGGCAUGUCAAAUAUUGUUGAGAGAUGUCACUCUUUGGAACUGCUUUCUAAGCCUAAAGUAGGAACAAGGGAAAAUACAGAAUGCUUUUCACCUGCAAACAGCUAUACUGAUAUAGGAGAAAUAUUUAAGGAGAAGAUUUCCAGUAGUUCUGGUUCUUUCGAAGGACGGCUCUCUCCACCUGUAAAAGAUGAACCACACUCAAACUAUCUCUGCCCAAUGAAGCCCCAGGUUGGUUUGUUAGAGCAGAAGUCCCAUACGGGAACAAUGCAGCAGUGGCUUGGAAGCAUGCAAACAAAUGUUCCACUGAGACCACCUGCAGACCUAAUAGGCAACACUAAUGCACAUGGAGGUUUUCGGUAUCAUCUGGAUGUGCAGCAAGAUGCAUCUACGAAUGCAUGGAACACCUUAAAAGAUAUAAGGAAUCACGAUGCGUCCGGUGACUGUCCACAUUCUUUGAACCAGAGAAACCCAAAGACAUACAUCCCUGGAGUUCUCUGCAAAUCUGAGAAAAUCCAACCAUCAUCUUCUACAUGUGGCCUUUGGUCAGCUUCAGAACAAAACCAGACGUGGGGCAAAGAACCGCCAGCACAUCAGAAACCUACACUGCAAAGUCUAGUGUCACCUCUCAACGCUCACAGGCUAAAACCCAUCAGGCAAAAAACAAAAAAUGCAGUGGUGAGCAUUCUAGAUACUGGGGAAGUGUGCAUGGAGUUUCUAAAAGAACACCAAUCACAAGAACUUGUGAAAGAAGUUCUCAGAAUAUCUUGCGAUGGCAACACAAUUGCAGUUUAUCAUCCGAAUGAAGGAAGAGGCUUCCUUCUUGGUGCCAGACCUCCUGCUCCUCCUGAAGGCAUCUCUUUGUAUAAUUUUGACAACUUGCCAGAAAAGUACUGGAAAAAAUACCAGUAUGCAGCCAAGUUUGUGCAGUUGGUAAGAACAAAAACCCCCAAAGUUACGUUCUACACAAGAUAUGCCAAGUGCAUGUUGAUGGAAAAUUCCCCCCCUGCGGAUGUUGAAAUUUGUUUUUAUGAUGGAGCAAAGAUACAUAAGACAGCUGGUGUAACUCGUGUGAUUGAAAAAUCGGGGAAGUCCUUCACUUUGAAAGGAGAAAGCGAAGCAGGUUUGAAGAAGGAAAUACAAGUUUAUAUGGAUCAUGCAAAUGAGGGACAUCGUAUAUGCCUUGCCCUGGAGUCUGCUGUUUUGGAAGAAGAAAAAAGGAGUGCAAGUGUUCCAUUUUUUCCAAUAAUUGUUGGAAGAAAACCUGGCAAUACUGAAUCACCACAGGCUGUAGCACCUCCACCGCUGGACAGUAUCAACUGUGUAAAAGCAGUUGUGGCACUGGAUGGAAAUACAGCUGCUGGAUCUACUCCAGUUCAAUCUCCAAACUGUCCUCCUUCU